AACGCUUGCUGUAAGGUUAAAGUUGGGGAGGGUUUCUGUGUAGCCGUGGCGCGGGGCGGCUGCUACAGGACGGUGAAGCAACACUUUCACUCACUACUCUGGUUUAGCCUCCUCCCGUGCAGCUAGCAGUAGGCUAGCUAAGUCCAACACUGGCGACCUGUCAAACCACUCCCAAGUGACUCCCAUCGGUAGAUUAAUAUCCAGAAAGUAUAAUGGCUUACGUGGUGAUAUUGCUCAACUGAUGUAGCAACAUUGCCACACAAACUACUUCUGUAUCUGCGGUGGGCUAAAUAGUUUAUAUUUGUGGCUAACGGCUAACCAGAAGAUACCGAGCUCGCUUGUGAAACUUCACUGAAGUCGAUGUUUUCUCAUGGAGGAUUUGUACAGUUAUUAGUCAAGAGGAUUUACGAGUGGGGAAGGACAGAGCAGAGGAGGUACACGCUCAGUUUCUUGACCAUGGGGAACACCUGCAGUAACCACCUUGGGAUCCCUCCAGCUAAGGGCCCCAACGCAGUGGGAUGCACUGACUUCAUGAUGGACCACACUGUAAAGGGCACCUUCUUCCGGAUCUACUAUCCUUGCCAAGAGACGGAAAAAGCGGAAAGACCAGAUUGGGUGCCUUGCAAGGAGUAUUUUAACGGCCUGGCAGACUUCAUGAAAAUCAACAGGACUCUCAGUGAAAGGAUUUUCAACUACCUCUUUGGCUCCUUUAAGAUCCCAGCCUUCUUGGAUGCUCCAUUUAAAUCAAAUGAAAAAUGUCCUGUAGUUAUCUUCUCCCAUGGCCUCGGAGCCUUCAGGACUUUGUAUUCAGCUGUAUGUGCAGAAUUGGCCUCUCAGGGCUUUAUUGUGGCAUCUGUGGAGCACAGGGACCAGUCAGCCUCAGCUACGUAUUAUUUUCGUGAGAAGACUGAGUCAGAGAGGGCGAGUGAGACUUCUGCCUCAGCCCAAGACAACCUGGUACAAGAGUGGAUGUACUACAGAUCUCUGAAGCACGGAGAGAGCGAAUUCCCUGUCAGAAAUAAACAGGUCAAACAGAGAGCAGAUGAAUGCAUUCUGGCUCUGGAUACACUCAUUAAAAUCAACUCAGGGAUACCAGUGCAAAAUGUCCUGAAAACACAGUUUGACUGGACGACGCUGGAGAACUCGAUGGAUAUGUGCAGGAUCGCAGCUGUGGGGCAUUCCUUUGGGGGAGCAACAGUGAUCGAAGCUCUGUGCAAAGAGGUGAAAUUCAAGUGUGGCAUAGCGCUGGACGCCUGGAUGACCCCUUUAGAUGACGAACUCUAUCAUCGCGUCAAACAGCCAAUCUUCUUCAUCAACUCAGAGAAGUUCCAGUGGGCGGGGAACAUCAGUCGCAUGAGGAAGCUGGACUCUGCCGUCAUCCAGAGGAAAAUGAUCACUAUCAGAGGUACAGUUCACCAGAGUUUUCCAGACUUCACCUUCCUGACUGGCAACUGGAUCGGGAAGCUGAUGAAGCUGAAAGGAGAGCUUGACCCUGAGCUCGCCAUAGACCUUUCCAACAAAGCAACACUAGCCUUUCUGCAACGCCAUCUCGGUCUAGAGAAAAACUUCAAUCGGUGGGACCCUCUGAUUGACGGACAAGAUGAAAAUCUCAUUCAAGGGACUAAUGUCACCGUGCUUCAAUCUGCCAUCUGAUCUGCCUCAUAUACUGUGAAAAUACCCGGGCUGUUUGGCCAUGAGCUAAAUGGGACUCACUGGGACAGUACUAAAAUGUCAAGUUGGGCCCUGGCUGGCAUUUCAGGAUAGCAAUUUGGAGCAGUAAUGGAUGGGAAAGAUAAUCUCUACCUCAACAUCAGGAAAGAUUUGUUAUUCUCAAAACUCAGUGGACCAGCGUUUCUUUCAUGCAGCUUGGACGUUGCGUACGAGCAGCUGAACACUUCCUCUUUUCACUGUUGAGUGAAAUCUUCACUAUUACCGGCAAUUUCCUAGAGAAAUUCUUUUAAUCAUUUUUCAUCUUGAAGUGUAUAUAAAACUAACUGAGAUUAUGUUAUUCCACACAAAUGCUGCAUGUCUCUUUGGAUAAAUGACUUUCCAGCAGAGGCGAGCUACACUAUGAUUGCAGUGUGAUUACUUGAUGAGGCCUUUAUGAAGAAAAUCCUACCCAAUCAAUUGGCUACGGAUGAGUAUGAAAGACUUGUAUGAUCUUAGAUGAAUUAUUAGCCAAGAUAGCACAAAAUAAUCCUGAUUCAACAGAGUACAGCUACAUAAGGAAAUCAUUAAAAGGAAUAUUAACACUAAAGGGUUAACAUGUGGGUCAAUAACAUGCAACUGCCUUCUGCUUUUAUACAUUCAUAGUCUGGAAUAUGCCAUUUGUACACAACGGAAAUCUAAUAAAUCUGGUUUGUAUACAAAUACAUUUUGUGCC